UUCGUGCGCGGCCAGCGGGGCUCAGCCGGUCCGCUGGAAUUGAGGAGCAUUCAUUGAAUCUGCGGCUUUCAUGACGUCUCCCUGCGUGGCCCAUCACUUUUCUCCCAGCCGGGUUUUUUUUUUUUUUUUCCGCCACUCUUGCCUUUUCCCCCUUCCCUCCACCGGGUCUGCCGCCCGCGUCCCUGCCCGACGCACACCCUCCCCCCCCCUCCUUUGACCCCGCGCCCAGCCCUCCUCUCCUCUCCUCUCGCGGCCAAAGGGAGCCAGUUUGCAGACGGCCGCACCUGGCCGGAGAGGUUGGGCGGGUGGAGGGGUGGGGAUCCGCGGGAACCGGGAAGCCAGACCCAGAGCUGGAUGCACCGCCAGGAGAAUGGAGUCUCCUAACAGCCUCCCGGGGCUGAUCUGAAAUUUGACCGUCUGAUUCCAGCUUUUCUUUCCUUUUCUUUUUUUUUAUUUUCUCCCCUUACCAUCCAUCGUGUAGAGAAUUAUUAAAUCUUGCUCCGUUCCAAGAGAGGAGAUCAUGAUUGAGUGAAACCACCCUGUCCGCAGCAAGAAAAAGCACAAAGAAGAAACUGCAGCAAUGGCCAGGUUGACAGAAUCCAUGACUAACGUCCUGGAAGGCGACUCCAUGGAUCAAGAUGUUGAGAGCCCUGUGGCCAUUCACCAGCCAAAGUUGCCUAAGCAGGCCAGGGACGACCUGCCAAGACACAUAAGCCGAGACCGGACCAAAAGGAAAAUCCAGAGGUACGUGCGGAAAGAUGGAAAAUGCAACGUCCAUCAUGGCAAUGUGCGGGAGACCUACCGCUACCUGACAGAUAUCUUCACCACCUUAGUAGAUCUCAAGUGGAGAUUCAACCUAUUGAUUUUUGUCAUGGUUUACACAGUGACAUGGCUCUUUUUUGGGAUGAUCUGGUGGCUAAUCGCAUACAUCCGAGGAGAUAUGGACCACAUAGAGGACCCUUCAUGGACUCCCUGUGUCACCAACCUUAAUGGGUUUGUCUCUGCUUUUUUAUUCUCAAUAGAGACAGAAACCACCAUCGGUUAUGGCUACCGGGUCAUCACGGACAAGUGCCCAGAGGGAAUUAUUCUCCUCUUAAUCCAAUCUGUGCUGGGGUCCAUUGUCAAUGCAUUCAUGGUGGGAUGCAUGUUUGUAAAAAUAUCACAACCCAAGAAGAGGGCAGAGACCCUGGUUUUUUCCACCCAUGCGGUGAUCUCCAUGAGGGAUGGGAAACUGUGCCUGAUGUUCCGAGUAGGGGAUCUCAGGAAUUCCCACAUCGUUGAGGCUUCCAUCCGAGCCAAGUUGAUCAAGUCCAAACAGACCUCAGAGGGUGAGUUCAUCCCCUUGAACCAAACAGAUAUCAAUGUAGGGUAUUACACCGGGGAUGACCGCCUGUUUCUGGUAUCACCACUCAUCAUCAGCCACGAAAUUAACCAACAGAGUCCUUUCUGGGAGAUCUCCAAAGCCCAGCUGCCCAAAGAGGAACUGGAAAUUGUGGUCAUCCUAGAAGGAAUGGUGGAAGCUACAGGGAUGACAUGCCAGGCUCGGAGCUCCUACAUCACGAGUGAGAUCCUGUGGGGUUACCGGUUCACACCUGUCCUGACGCUGGAAGACGGGUUUUAUGAGGUCGACUACAACAGUUUCCACGAGACCUAUGAGACCAGCACCCCAUCUCUCAGUGCCAAAGAGCUGGCUGAGCUAGCCAGUAGGGCGGAGCUGCCCCUGAGUUGGUCUGUGUCCAGCAAACUCAACCAACAUGCAGAACUGGAGACCGAAGAAGAAGAAAAGAACCUCGAGGAACAAACAGAAAGGAAUGGUGAUGUGGCAAACCUAGAGAACGAAUCCAAAGUUUAGUCUCCUAGCUGGGUAGCUCCUUCUCCUCUCCCCUCACACAACCUUUUCUUGUCUUUCAUUCUCUUUCUUUUUUGUCUCUCUUACUUGGUGUUUAUUUAUUUAUAUUUAAUUUUGACAUUACCAGAAAACAAAUCUUCAAGGUGUAAAAUAUCUACCUGCCCUCUCUCGGUUACUCAGAUUGACAAGGUAGACACGGAUUUGGUUAAGGUGCAACGUGCCCUCAUUUGUGGCCCAAGCUUGCUCUCUUUCCUAAAUACCACACAUCCAACUCCUAGGGAUUUAAGCCACUUACCUGCAUGUCUUGUACAAUACCAGAUCACUCAAAGAGUGUGUCAAAGAUUUUACCUGGGAUAUGACAAGUUAGGUCUCUGGUGCCUAUUUAUUCAUGCAGUGAGACAUAGCAUAUAACCCUCAAUUUUAUAGAUUCAAAUAAAUUUCAUCUACAGGGUGAGGUGCUUGCCCCAUACAGGCAUUGCAGUUAUAGGACCCAGGUCAGGUAAAGACAAAACACUGUACAUAUAUAUGCCUUAUGUAAUUACUUUCUUUUUGCAGUUAGUAAUAAAACCCAGCAUGUACAAAAGUACUAUAGAACAGAACUUCUAAAUAAUGUACAUAAAUGUAUAAUUAAUGUAGGUUUAGAUAUAUAACUUUAGAAAUAAGAUGCAAAAAAAAAAA